AGUGUAAGCAGCAGCAGGUCUCUUGUUGUGCAGUCGUGUGUAGUAAAUACAGUAGCAUCGUCCCAACACCUACCUUCUUCCAUUUAUAUCCACAAUUCAUGUCUUUCUCUCUCCUCUAACCACCUCUCCAUCUCCUGCCCCUCAUAAAACCUCCGAUUCAUUUCUCCAAUUUCGUUUAUCGCAUACUGAGAUGAUGAGCAGCGCUCAACCACUUCCGAUCGCCACUCAGAUGGAAAAGCCUUCAGAAAUGAUGGAAGAAACAUCGCAGGGCAAGGGCACGCAAUGGAGGAAACCAAAUCUUUUCCUGGAGAUACCUACCAGAGCAGCCGACGAGUCUCCUCCAGAAGUCGUGCAAAUAAACAUGCCUCCGACUCCAAUUCCGACUCCCAAGAGAGUGAACUUCCUUUUAACGCCUGAUUUUAAUGAUUCAUUACCAAAUGAAUCUUCUGAACCCCCCUCAGCCAGAGGGAAACCCUCUAUCAUGAGUUUUAUGCCAAAGUUGGGCUUCAAACACCGGGGUUCGAAUUCGGAUGUGGACAAGGCUGUCAAUGUUGAUUCGAGUUCCUCCACUGUUGCUACACAAGAUAAGCUAUCCAUUUCGCGUUCAUGGUCGCUUACCAAGAUUUUCACACCAAGGAUUAAAAGGGCAUCAUCCAUGCCUGUACCUGAGGUCCCAAAUCAAAAUUUGGAGAGUAUUCAUGGAGGAAGUGUUAACAGUCAUCUCACAGUUGAGAUUAAAGAAGUUGGACACAUGUCUCGUUCGCAUUCUCUUCCGGUCAUUAACAAGGAAAAUGGGAUUCCGAAACUGAACUCUUUCUUUCGUGUGAUUCCCUCAACACCUAAAGUGAAGGAUGCGGAGUCUGAGGUGUCUGUGGCUUCAACAGGAAAAAAUGAUGAGAAUAACGAAGCUGGUGGAGAAGACAUACCAGAAGAGGAAGCUGUGUGUCGAAUUUGCUUUGUUGAGCUAUGUGAAGAUGGAGAGACUUUUAAGCUGGAGUGUAGCUGCAAAGGCGAACUUUCAUUGGCUCAUCGAGAAUGCGCAGUUAAAUGGUUUGCCAUCAAAGGUAACAAGACAUGUGAAGUCUGCAAGCAAGAAGUUCUUAAUCUACCAGUCACACUUCUACGCGUCCAAAGCUCUGUAACUGGGGCCACGGAUUUCAGAGAAACAGAGUUCAAUGGACACAGAAUUUGGCAGGAAUUGCCUAUUCUUGUCAUUGUUGGUAUGCUAGCCUACUUCUGUUUUCUUGAGCAGCUACUGGUUAAGAACUUGAAGUCCAGUGCAAUUGCUAUAUCACUUCCAGUUUCUUGUGUGCUUGGCCUCCUCUCAUCCAUGACAUCUUCAGCUAUGGUGAAGAGAAGAUUUGUGUGGGCAUAUGCAUCAUGCCAGUUCAUUCUUGUUGUCCUCUUUGCCCAUAUAUUCUACAACGUGAUUCAUGUGCAACCUGUUGUAUCGAUCCUUCUAUCCACAUUUGCUGGAUUUGGCGUGGCAAUGAGUGGAGCUUCUGUUAUUGUAGAGAUCAUCAGAUGGAGAGAGCGACGUUGGGCUACCACAUUCUAGACCGCCUCAUUUCUAGGCCUCGUGUCGGGGAAUGAGUGUCAACAGUUGCAGCCGAAAAUGGAAGUUUCUUACAGUAUGAUACCAAUUGGUCUGUCUCAUGCUAGGAAUUAGGCCAUGAAAAAAAGCUUUUAGCGAGGAAAUGAAAAUGUAUAUCUAUUUUGUUCAAAUUAGGAUACCACUCCAACACUCAAAUGGGCAGUGGAGACAGUUUGGAAGAUAUAUAUAUGGAACGAUCAAAUGCGUGUUGUUUGAA